AAAUAUCAUAAUUCUGUAUUUGAUGAGACAGUUACAAGGAUGGAUUUCAUGUCGGUUCUAAGUAAACUCGAUUACAUACUUAUAAAAGCAUCAUAUGGCUAUGGAUUACAACAGAGCAGGAUAUCAAAUAUCUCAAUGGACAUUGCAGUGGAAGCAGCAGAAAUGCAUUCUGGACGAGAAGCAGCUCAUCUUAUAGAGAUCUGUGAAUGUCCUCCUGGCUAUGCAGGCCUUUCAUGCCAGGAGUGUGCACCUGGCUACUACAGAGAGAAAGUGACAGAAUUAAAUGUAGGAGGACUGCGGUCAUACAUUGCUCCAUGUGUACCUUGUCAGUGCAGU